GGCUGCUCACCUUCCUUCUUUAUUUCCCAUUCUCCAAACUGCCCACUAAUCCUCAUCCACUCUCUAUAUCUAUAUCUCACUCUCACACACCAAGCUCUCGUACCAGUGCAUGCAAUAAAUUAAUCUCCCCCGCCAUUUCCCUUAUCUGUUCACCUCCAUGGAUCUCCGUUCAUAGCCAACCAUAAAGCUUGUCCUGAUUCUCUGCCUUAAUUUCUCUUUCUCUCUCUCUUCACCAUGAAGACGAUAAUGGCCAAGUCUCCCCAUGACUCUUCCUUCUCCUUCUCCAGAAGGUACUUCCAUUUCAACAAGAAACUCGUCCAAGAAGACGACGACGACAUCGAAGAACAAGUCCUUAACAUCACGCCGUCGUCCCACCAUUUCUGCCACGAACAGCAAUUUCCCAGGAAGAAUAAUAGUAACUCUGUUUCGAGAUUCAAAUCCGCCCUCACCCUCUUCACCAAAAGCCGUUCCCCUUCCUCCUCUCUUGUCGGAACACGAGUGGUCGGAACCCUCUUCGGAAACCGUCGAGGGCGCGCCCACAUAGCCUUCCAGGAGGACCCCAAGUCGCACCCACCGUUCCUGAUCGAGCUACCCACGCCCACCAGCGUGCUGGUGAGAGAGAUGGCUUCUGGGUUAGUGAGAAUCGCGUUGGAAUGCGAGAAGAAGAAGAACAACAAGGGUAAGAAGAGUAAUGGUGGUGGUAGUGGCAGUGGGAAGCUGGUCGAGGAGCCAGUUUGGAGAAGUUACUGUAAUGGAAGGAAAUGUGGGUAUGCGAGUCGGGUGGAAUGCGGGGAAGAGGAGUGGAAGAUACUGAAGGCGGUGGAGCCGAUAUCGAUGGGCGCCGGAGUGAUUCCGGCGACAUGCGGUGGGUGUGUGGAGGGUGAGGGGGAGGUGAUGUACAUGAGAGCGAGGUUCGAGAGGGUGGUUGGGUCUAAAGACUCAGAAGCUUACUAUCUGAUGAACCCAGAUGGAAGUGGCGGCCCCGAGUUAAGCAUUUAUCUUCUCAGAGUUUAGCUAUAGCUUGCUUGCUUUCCAUGGAUUCGUCUGAUCUGAUGAAUCUGAGAUUAAUGUUUGUUGGCUUUGAUAUGGUGAUUUUGAAGCUGGCUUUGGCACUGCCAAAGUUUAUUUGGGUGA